AUGUCCUCAAAACAACUGGCUCUAGCAUGUCAUCCAUCUAACAUGUCAUCUAUAUCUGGAAUUAGUUUUGGAUCUUUUGAUCCAAGUAGAGAGAGUACAUUUAAAGAUCAUAACAGUGGAGAUGAAGUUUUACACAAUGAGAAAUCUGCAAUGAGAAUAGCUUUGGGAAGUUGGGGACCAGUUUCAAAACCUUCAGGAGUAUGUAGAAAAAAAAAUUCACAAGAUUCUAUCAAAUAUAGAAAGUAUGGUAAUAACUUUUACAAUACCAGAAUGCCAAACAAUAUAACCCAUGAAAAAGUUUGGAGAUUCUAUACACAAAGCAUUGCAAUAGCUCCAAAUGAUUCGUCUGAACUUGCUCUUGGCUAUGGCAAUAGAUCAGCUUUGCUUUAUCAUCUAGAAAAAUAUGAGGAUUGCAUUAAAGAUUGUGAGAGAGCAAUAGAAAUUACUACCUGUGAUUUUUUGAAAUGUAAAUUGUUGUGCAGAAAAGCUGAAUGCUUAGCCUUUUUGAAUAAAAAUUCAGCAAAAAGUGUUUGUGAUGAAGCUCUAAAAAAAUUGUGUAUAUUGUCUAUAAAAGAGGAUUUAAAAAGAAAAUUUGUUAACAAGCUUCACAAUAUAUUAAAUACUUUAAAAGAUUUAAAUUCUUUCGAGCAAACCAACAAACCACAAAAUAUGUCUGAACUCACCGAUCUGAAGUAUCAGAAAGAAGCUCCAUGUGCUUCUAAAAGCAUUAAAAUCACUUACAACAAACAAUGGGGAAGACAUAUUACUGCUACCAAAGAUAUCAAACCUGGUGACAUUGUUGCUAUCGAAGAUAACUUUUGCACAUUGUUAUUGAAACCUGGAAUGUAUUUAUUUUGCUCAAAUUGUGUUCAACCUACUUGGUCAUCCAUUCCAUGUAGAUACUGUAUUUAUGAUGUUUAUUGUUCGGAAAAGUGCUUGUCAGAAGCAUGGAUCAAAUAUCAUAAAUACGAAUGUCCUGUCUAUCCGUACAUUUGGGAUAUAGAGCAGAAUAUUACAAAUGGUCAUAGUGCAAUUAGAUUACUGCUUAUUAUGAUUCAUAAAGCAGGUGGAAUUAAACAAUUGAGAAAAGAUGCAAGUAACAUAGAAAAUUGCAAAGAUUUUCGUACAGUAGGAUUUUCUUCUGAUGGUAUUUUCAGCAGUGAAAAUUUUGGUAGUAUGUACAGUCAUAUACAUGGAGUUGAUAACUUCACAAUAUAUUCACAAAUUUACGAAGCCUGUACAAUUGUUCAUCUGUUAGCUACAAAAACGGAUUUGUUUGAAAAAAAAAUAGACUUAGAUCUAUUGGAAAUGUUGAACCAUGAUGAUAUAAUUUUAGUUGGAGCUUUAUUAGCAAGAAUUCAUGCUUUAAUUCAAAAACAUUCACUUCUGCUUACACAUAAUUUUGAAAAUGACAGAGUUCAUUAUGGGAUAUCUAUUGGUCCAUUUAGGAGUCUUUUCAAUCACAGCUGUAAUCCAAAUACCGAACUAGUUUCUGUAAAUAAUAAUAAAACAUUGAUUUAUGCUAAACAUUUUAUCAAAAAAGGAGAGCAGUUAUUUGUUAGUUAUUGUGGCGAACAUUAUUUAAGCAAUAUUAGAGAGCAAAGGCAUAAAAAUUUGCUUAAAAUCUUUAAUUUUAAAUGCCACUGCUUAGCUUGCUCAGAAAAGUGGUCAAAUAUUUGUAUUCCAAGCUCUGAUCUUAUAUUUGAUAUGACUUCAAGUUUAGGAGUAGAAAUCCAUAAAAUCAUUGAUACUAUAGCUAUUAAUCAUUCUAGCUUAGAUUCAGUGAAGAAAAUAAAAUUUAUUUUAGAAACAUUGAGUACAAAAUUGACCGAACAUUGUUCAGCUUAUUACAGCUAUGAAAAAUAUCUACUAAAUAUGUAUAUAACAUAUUUUGGUACAAAUAUUAAGGUUUUCUAA